AUGUGGUUCGAGGAGCUGCGCAUCCGCGAUGUGCGGAGAUAUAACCUCAUGGUACGGAGGAAUCGACUGCCCGCCAAUGCGCAGCAACUGCUGGACAGCGAUGCCGAGACCCCCUUGUGGGAGGAUGUGAAUGUGGUCUCCGAUCCGGACGCCAUCAAACGCUCCAUGGUUCACAGAGACAUCCUGGAGUAUGUGAUGAAGGAAGUCUUAGAGAAGGAGUUUGGCGGCACCUGCAGCUAUCUGGAGUCCAUCGGAUUUGGUCCGGAAGAGCUCUUUAAGCUACGCGCACUGCUGGUGGAGCCAGAUCAGGUGAUCAGAGAUCAUGCCCGGGCACGCUGCAAAAUGGCAGCGGAGAUCCUCGAGAUUGAGCUGAGUCCCGACAUGGUUCUCGAUGACGGUGCCAUGGCCGGAGCGUCGCUCGGGUUGCCUGUCUACCCUGCGUGGGAGGGGAAAGGCAAUGACUUGUACUCCGCUGAGGGCGAGGAUGAUUUAGAAUGGCGCAUUCGGCGGCUGGAGGCACGGGGCUUGGUGCGAUUGGUUGAGUUGUCGAUAACCGACAUCAUCCCCCAAGCCGACGUCCGCAACGCGGAGCGAAGACGCGGGGGAAGCGCUGGUGUCAUGUUUCGCGGUGCCUGGGGCGCUGGAAGUCAGCAGAGGACCAAUCCCGUGCCUUGUGUCACAGACUUUCCUGUGCCUGAUGAGCAGAACAGUGGGCAGCGUCCGCGCGGUUUCGACGAGCUCCGCGGUGUCGAGCUCGAACGAGCUCAUUGGGAGAAGUCAACUGCUCAGGAGGGGCGUAGAGGUGGCAGCGUGCUCUACUGGAUGUCCCGCGAUCAACGCGCCCACGACAACUGGGCGCUGCUGAAAGCACAGGAGCUGGCCCUGGAACGACGCGCGUCCUUGCAGGUGUGCUUCUGCUUGGUGCCCAAGUUCUUGGGAGCCACCUUGAGGCACUUCGACUUCAUGCUCCGUGGACUGGAGGAGACCUCCAAAGAGCUCUCGCGCUUGAACAUUGGCUUCCUCCUCUUGAAGGGCGAGAGCGUGAAAGAAGUGCCCAAACUCCUCCGAUCCAUCAAGCAGAAAGGGCCUGUGCACGCCGUGGUGUGCGAUAUGUCACCGCUGCGCGUACCCCGAGCUUGGGUGGCAGGCGUGGGGAAGGAGCUGAAGAAGCUGAAGGUGCCCUUGAUCCAGGUGGAUGCCCACAAUGUCGUGCCUGUUUGGGAGGCGUCUGACAAGCAAGAGACGGGCGCACGAACAUUAAGACCAAAGCUCAAGAAACUUUACAAGGACUUCCUCCACGAGUUCCCUCCUCUCAAGAGGCAUCCGCAUGGACCGGUGGUGAAAGGGAAAGGCUUGGAUCUCUCUGCGGCUUUGCGGAGCUUGCAAGUGGAUCGAGAAGUGGGACCCGUGAGCCAGGAGCUCUUUAAGCCGGGUGCUUUGGCGGGAAAGAAGCGCCUUGAGGACUUCUUGAAGCAUCGUUUGAAGAGCUUCGCGUCGCUACGCAAUGAUCCCACCCAACAGGCGUUGUCUGGCCUGUCACCCUGGAUCAAGUUUGGUCAGAUCUCUGCACAGCGAUGCGCGCUGACGGUGAAGAAGGCCAAAGCUCCGAAGAGCUCCGUUGAAGCCUUCUUGGACGAGGCCAUCGUGCGACGAGAGCUCUCCGACAACUUCUGCUGGUACAACGAGCACUACGACUCCUUAAAGGGCGCGGCCGCCUGGGCUGUCGAGACACUGAACAAGCAUCGCAAGGACCAGCGCGAGUACCUCUACAGCCGUCGACAGCUUGAAGAGGCUAAGACGCAUGACGAGCUGUGGAAUGCGGCUCAACGGCAGAUGGUUCUGGAAGGCAAGAUGCACGGUUUCCUUCGGAUGUACUGGGCCAAGAAGGUCCUCGAGUGGAGCAAAGAUGGAGCAUCUGCCCUGGCCACGGCCAUCUAUUUGAAUGACCGCUAUAACUUGGACGGGCGCGAUCCCAAUGGCUACGUCGGUUGCAUGUGGUCCAUUUGUGGCGUGCAUGACAUGGGCUGGCCCGAGAGAAAGGUCUUUGGCAAAAUCCGCUACAUGAACUAUGCCGGGUGCAAGAGGAAAUUCAAUGUGGAGGCCUUCGAAGCGCGAUACCCGGCAUCGAGCGGCGCGAGCUCGAAGAGGGCGAAGCGCGCAUGA